CAACAACAACAACACGUAGUGCAUAGGUUCCCUACAGGAGCUGCCGAUACAAAGGCCUGACCCAGAAGAAAUUCUGCGUCACCUGUACCAUCAAGAUCAAGAUCAAGAUCUGCAAGUGGUGUUCUUCCAGUGGGAGUAACAGACUAAACAGUUAACUUUCCUGCCUAACGUUACUGGGCAGUGGGCACCGCCACUGUCAGAGAGACCUCAUGCCUAAGGUUCGGCGAAGCAGAAAGCCGCCUCCUGAAGGAUGGGAACUGAUCGAGCCCACCCUUGAGGAGCUGGACCAAAAGAUGCGCGAAGCGGAGACAGAAUCACAUGAGGGGAAGAGGAAGGUGGAAUCCCUGUGGCCAAUAUUUCGCAUCCACCACCAGCGGUCUCGCUACAUCUAUGACCUCUUCUACCGUCGUAAAGCCAUCUCCAGAGAAUUAUAUGAAUAUUGUCUGAAAGAAAAAAUUGCUGAUCAAAACCUUAUUGCCAAGUGGAGGAAACAAGGAUAUGAAAACCUGUGCUGCCUGCGAUGUAUACAGUCAAGAGACACAAACUUUGGCACCAAUUGCGUUUGCAGGGUUCCUAAGAGCAAGCUGGAGGAGGGCAAGAUCGUAGAAUGUGUGCACUGUGGAUGUCGUGGGUGUUCAGGAUAAAGACAGGUUCAAGAUGUGUAGUUAAUAGUGUAAUACAUUUCUUUGACUAAUGCUAGAUAAUUUUCAGUGUUAUACAAGAUAUAUGACCAGAAAUAUAAUAUUAGAGAUACACUAUUUUUUAUUUAUAUAUUACGCAUUUAAUUAGGUAACAUGAGAUUGUUAUAAAGAAAAUAAACAGCUCCUGGUUGUAACUGGCCAGGCAUUGUGGCCAAUAGGUGAAGGUGAUGUGUCUACUGACAAGUUCCAGGUGUUAGUAAAGGUAUUUUAAGAACAUGUUUAAAUUUAGUAUGUGUAUGAUGUAAUUCAAAAUAGCUUUAUUCAAAGUAUCUUUGAAUAUAACAAUGCUUACCAAAUAAUUGUCUAUGCAGUCAAUAAACAUUUGCUAGAAAA